GUUGCUGCAACAACAAAAAGUGAAAUUGUAUGUCCUGCAUUUAAUUGCGAAGUAGACGAAGACAUGAAAAGCGUUGUAGAAAAUGCAAAACAUAAUGAUAACAUCUACUAUGCAUACAGUGGUUUUGCCUACUUAUAUGCCAAAAUUUUUGUUGGUUGCGGCAAGAAAUUUGCUUACAUCAAUUUUAACCCACCUACGUCGCAACACAACCUGCCUUAUGAAAUUUGCUGCCACUUUGGAAUGAAUCUGGUCACUGUAGAGAGUCGAGAAAAAGCGGAAUGCAUGGCUUCCAUUGGGUUUUAUACAGGAUUCAACAUAACAUACAGGAUAGCCGGAUCUCGUAUGGGUCUAACGAGUGGUUCCCCUAGGUGGUGCCUCAGCAACCUGAAGUUCAACGCAUCCAUGCUGCCUAACAACUUUGCCACCAGUGAUCCUAAAUUGCAUGUAUUAGCAAUCACUUUCAGCAAAGCAUCAACUUUAUUUGAUCUGGGUGCGAAAACUACGUUGAUUAUGGCUUGUGAAAGAGAUCCGUAG